CCACAUGACGUUUGCCCGCCCACCGGAGAGAGGACAAAAACAAUCGGUAUCUCUCUCGCUAAAGAACAUAAACAAAAGGACGUAACCCAAAUUCACCUACACAACAACUCUACUAACGUCCUUGACAUGGUUUCCCCAGUAAGUGUGGUCAAGAGUGAAGGCCCUAAACUGGUGCCAUUCUUCAAGUCAACCUGUGUUUACUUUGUCCUCUGGCUACCAACCUCAAGUCCAUCUUGGUUUAGCGCACUUAUCAAAUGCCUGCCCAUCUUCUGCCUCUGGGUCUUUCUGCUGGCACAUGGCUUCAGCUUCUUGGGGGCUCACUCCAGUGCCCGCAAGAUCCUCGCCGGCCUCAUCUUUUCUGCUCUGGGUGACGCUUUCCUCAUCUGGCAGGAGCAAGGCUACUUCGUCCACGGUCUACUGAUGUUUGCCAUCACUCACAUCCUCUACUCAUCUGCCUUUGGAAUGAAGCCCAUCAAUGUGCGCGCAGGCUUUGUGAUCACUGCUGUGUCCAGUGUGAGCUACAUGCUUCUCUACCCUUACCUGUCGGGCCCGUUUACCUACUUGGUGGCCGUCUACAUCGCCCUGAUUGGCUUCAUGGGCUGGAGGGCCAUGGCGGGCCUGCAGUUAGCCAAUGACCUGUGGACCUGGACCAAGCUGUCCGCCUGCCUGGGCGCCGUGCUGUUCAUGGUGUCCGACCUCACGAUUGCCGUCAACAAGUUCUGUUUCCCUGUGCCCCACUCGCGUGCUAUCAUCAUGGCGACCUACUACGCUGCCCAAAUGCUGAUUGCUUUGUCAGCCGUGGAAUGCCAGGAUGCAGAGGUCGCGCGGAAGAGAAUAUGAGCGCCCGCUCUGUCUCUGUGACAACAAGGUGAUAGCUGCUCCCCGAGUGAUUGUGGACACAUCUCACGACUGCAUCACUCAGUCCUUCAUCUCCAUUGUUGCCAUGGCAACUAGACCGCCACAGUCUUGUAUGGUAGAUUCACAUUUCUUCUUUACAAUGAUACUGUGGUAGUAUUAUCUUCAGACUCUCCCAACAGCAGCUCUUCCCGCCUCUUCUGAUCCCUGAAAGGAAUGCAUCCUCAUACCUGAUGAACGUGGAUACGUGCACGGUACUGCAAACCUACCUGACAAAGUAUUAGUUCUAUUUUAUUUUAUUUUUUUUUUGGUUUAAGGGGAGCAGGUCAUUGGGGACUUUUAAGGAAUGUGUUGGUGGUAGAGGAGUCUGGAUUUAUGUAUUCUCUUCAGGUCCUAUACCUCACCUAUCCUUUAGCAAUAGUACAUCAUCUCCACAUUCAAAAAUUAACUUGGUCCAGAAAUGCAAUUCAAUAUUUGUGACAAUUUAGAAUUUUUCACUGUCUAACGUUAUGUAUAAUGUUAUGUUAUGUUAUGUCUGUGUAGAUUUUUAUUCAACUGGGUCAAAAUCAUCCACAAAAGUUGAAUCAAAGCUAACUGGAUGCCUUAGGCGAAAACCAAGAAGUGCAGUUGGCUUUGAUUUACCUUCUGUGGUGUAGCUUUAGCUGCCCACUAAAAAAGGAUUUCUUACAUACUUGCCCAUAUUUGACUCCACACUUAUCUUAUUCUGUUUUCCCCUGUGUUGAGGGUGCUGUUUUUUUUUUUAAGGGAAGUGACCGGUUCUUAGCAAGGAUAUGUUGCAUGUGCCCUGCACCUAUCUUAAGUAAUUUGAUUCAGAUUGCAUUUGUAGACUGAAAAUGAAACAGACUAAUCCAUCCAUUUUCAUCCAUCUCAGGGGACCGCCAUUUGGAUAUUAUGACGCCCUCUGAUGUCGAACUAAAAUUGUCGUCCGAACUGCCCUCGGGCUCACAUUGUGAAAGUCACGUGACCAAGCCCAGAAAACCGGUGAGCUGUGACCUUGACAAACAAAUGCAAGAUUAAUCAAAAUACUACUGGGAACACAUACAACUUUUGAUGAGACUACUCUUGUGUUUAAUUCCGUUUUAAAAGUCAGGCCGGUGUCUUAUCUGCGAUCCCCUUCAUUCCACUCACACAUAAUCAUAAUGCUUGUUAUUUGCUCUGCUCUUCAACAACCUCAGCAACACACCCAGUCUUAGUAGGUAUUUUAACUCAAUCCUCAUUAUGUGGAGUUAAAGCUCCUCACAGGUAAAGCUGGUUAAUCAUUCAUUUGUGAAUGGUUGUCUUUAUCAUUAAGGAGUAAUGAAUGAAUUUUACGCCAAUUUUAUCAAAGAUUCACUGCAGCUUUUCUUAAUGCGGUAUGAUAUAUAGGCAAUACUGAGCUGCUAAUGUUGACGCGCUCCCAUUAUGAGAGGAAAGUUAAUUGAAAUGGCCUGCCAUUGUGUCGCGUUGACUGAAAUGAAAGUGUUUUCUGAAUGAAAUAUGUAUGAUGAUAUAUUGUAUCUGGGCUCUCAGAAGCCUUUUCUUAAACCAAAGCCACUUGUCUUGUCAUGCGAGGAAAAAGUUUUGCCCUUAUAUAGGUAGGACCAGCAAAAAAAAACAAUGCCACUACCUAUUUGCACAAAAACUAAGGCCAAGGAAGAUUAAAUCAUCUUUUGAAAUUCUGAUGAUGAUGCGAAUACAGGACUUAAUAGUCAAGCAGCAUUUUCCUCAUAUCUUAUGUCAUUCUCCCUGCACCAGGAAGUGGCCUGGAAAACAACAAACUGAUGAACUAACGAACCACGUAACUUUUUGUUUUUAACAUUUCAGCUUUGGCAGUGGGAUGUACUCCUUGUGACAUCUAGUUUAUCUUGUCACUAUCCCACCUUUUAUGUUUCACACCAUCACCACUUUACGGAUAGAAUGAAGUGUGGUCUGUAGUAGAAUAUUACAACUUGAAGCUGAACACAUGCACACACACACGUGCAUACAUACUGUACAUUAUAUGCAUGUUUUUGUGUGUGCAUUUAUUAUUAGGUUGUGCGUAUUACCGUGAACGUCUAUUGUAUGCACAGUAGGACCGUCUUAAGGCCAGACAUGCUGGGACUCACAGAAUGGAGUCAUCAUCACACCAGUUGGUAAUAUAAAUUCAUGUGUUCACUCAAUGCAACAGUGCUCCAGUGGUGAUAAUUGCUGCAAAAACACAAAAAUGCCAGCCCCCCCCUCAGAACUUCAUCCACCCUCAUAUGGGCAAGGAAUCUUUACACGCACUGUUGUUGUUUCCAUCCCACCGUAACGAAUCUGCAGGCAGAGCGUAACGAUGACUUUGCUUAUUUCACUUUACUGACAUCAACAGGAGUAGAAACAAGUCAAGACUAAAUUUGUGGCUGUUGUUUCGCCAGAUAGUUCCUCAAUCUACUUUUGGCCUGUCAGCAUCGUUGUCUGUAUAAUCGCUUUGUCAGUCAGUUCCAUCAGCGUGACCAUGUAUUUUUAAUCUGUCCACACAGCAUUGUGGCAUUCUUCCUCACCCUAUGCAUUGGUCUCCUUGUUCUAUCAUAAGCUGUAGGUCAAACCAUGUCGGGAAAAAAAAGAUUGAGUCGAGAGGUCUUACUCAUCUGUGGGCAAUUUAUAUAAGCAACUCUUUGCCAAAAAAAGGCAUGAGGAUGUUUGCUCUUCUGUCCUCUUGGCUUCAAUGUGUAAGACAAGAUGAACAGUUGCUCCAGUUACUUUUGUUCAGCAACCCACACUCUAGAAAGUCGUGUAUGCUGAAGUUGCUGUUCCGUGAUCUGAAUCAUAAAGCUGCGAGUUGUCAUUUCUGUCAAACAGCUGAUACCAAGGUCAGCUUCUCCCUGUCCAUCAAAAGGCCACUUUACCUCAGCCUGCCAAUAGCCCUGUUCUCAAUUUUGUGCAAGACGACAAAAAGAAACCGUAAGAGCUAUAGGAGGCAUUUUGGGACGGUGAUUCUCAUAAUGAUUCUCAUAAUGAUCGAGAACCAGUAGCUGAUCAAUAGGUCCAUGUUUUCAUUCGUACUCUGCCCUUUCUCUCUUGGUUUCUUCAUUAUGGAAACUUCAGAACGUGUGUGUGUUAGCUUUUUUAUUUUUCAUUGUAAGACUGACAGACUACCAACAUCCCCAUGAGGGUAAAACAUGAAAAAAAUAAUGACCCUGGCCAAAUGUAUUUUUUGAAUACUUUUUAUGGAAAAAGAAAGCAACAUUGGAUAUUUAAAUUAGAUAUUUUUAAUUAUUUUUUGACCAAAAUGUAAUAACGUUUGGCAAUUAACGCAUAUUCAAUGUUUAAAUGGAGUAGUAAUGGCGACUGACAAUUUUAUUUAUUUUAAAAUGCACCCUACAGGGUAUUUUCUCAAAACUGUUCAAUGAAAUUGGGCAAUUUAAAAAAGAAAAAGAAAUGUUCAUACUUUCUUGUGUCAUUUACACAGAUCCAAAUUCACUUUCAGUCAAAACUCAGCCAGCUCGAUGUACAAACAAUGCAAUCAAUCUCGUCCAAAUGUUAAACAGAAUCUAUUACGUGCUGCUAUUAUGAUAUAACCCUUGUAGCAAUGAAAUGAAAAAAAAAGAAUGUUUUACUGAUGAUUGUUGAA